UUUUUUGAUGCUGGGAGAGAGGGGAAGAAUGGUUUUGUGUUAUAAGCCUUCCUCUUGGUCGCCCGAAAACCCACUGGAAAUCAAUGAGGUUUGCUUUCCCAAGACCGACUAACGAACAAUGGUAAAACCACGAAUGAAUUAGUCAAAGCUUGGACCAUCCAUGAUUCUACGAAUAAAAUACUAUAGAAAUCAUUCACUAAUGAAAUCUCAUACAAGUUCAAUAGGAACCCAUUUCCCACGUUUCAAACUAAUCUCCUUCAAACUCUUUCAACCCUGUAUAUACAUACUUCUUUCUCUCUGAUUUAUGCAUGUGUCUCUGUGUCUCUUCUCCUUAGGUUGCAAUGGAAUCGUUUGGAUAACGAAUUCAAACGAGCUACUCUUCCUUAGUACUACCACUACCACCACCUCUUUUUGAAACGACAAGUAUUAUAAAAGGCGCGUUGCUUGUAGAUUUCUUUUCUUUUCUUUUCAUUUCGUUUCGUUUUUUAAUUUUUUUAUUAACCUUUUAUCCUUUUUCUUUCGUUCUUUCUUGUGUAUUCAAUUAUAUUAUUCUGUUGUCUCUGUUUUAUGGAAUGUUACAUUAAUAUCAUGACCUUUUUUGUUUCUCUUCUUUCAUGUCGUCUUUACCACUUGCUUUAGAUCCAGCCGCGUUUUCCUCUACACCACCCGACCAACUCGAGGCUGACGAAGCUUUUGCUCGUUCUCUCCAAGAGGAAUUAAACAAACCUUCUUCUCCCCCUCUUCCCAGCAUUUCCUCCUCCUCCCGUCCCGUUACGAUUAGAAACCAACAGAUUCCUUCUACUCAUCCUUCUUCCCCUUCCUCUUCCUCCGCACUGUCUACUACCUCUUCUCGUUUCCUUCGUCCACCUUCUUCCUCUCCUCCUCCCAAAAGACACGCUUUUCAACCAAAUUCUUCUCGGCGCUGGCGUCAGCAACGUCUUUGGUCAUUUCAAAAUCGUCCCUUUUGCCCUCCGUCUCGCACUUCCUCUUCCACUUUCACUCCUCUUGCAUCGACUUCUACUUCAACUUCAGCAUCGCCGUCUCACUCUACCCUUCCAACACCUUCCUCUUCCGGCUCUCAACAACAUCCAAUUGAUCUCGACAAAGAAUCUUCUCCACCACCACCACCACCUCCUGCUCCUUCUUCAAAAGCGUCUUCUCUUGGUCCCUUUGUUACUGCAAAAGAUCUUAAUUGUCGUUCAAACUCCCUUCCUUCUCCGUCUCCUCCUUCUACUUCCCUUUCUCCAUCUUACGAACGAGUUCCUGUCCCAAAGCAUGUCUCUGACGAACUUCAUAGCCUCUUGGAAGACUCUUAUACCUCCCGUUCCGACUCCCUUGACGUAGAAAAGGCCCAACACGACCUUUCCCUAGCCGGCCUUCUUGUCCCUCUUCUUAUCCAUCAGGUCCAAGGCCACCAUUGGAUGCAGUCCAUGGAACAGAGUCCAAAGCACGGCGGUUUAUUGGCUGAUGAUAUGGGACUUGGUAAAACCGUGCAGACUAUUGCCUUGCUCUUGAGCCAUCGUUCUGUCGACUCAAGUCGUAAAUCUAAUUUGAUUAUUGUUCCCGUAGCCCUCUUAAGCCAAUGGGCCAGUGAACUGUCACUCAAAGUCCAUUCUUCCAAACACUUUUCCGUCUACAUUCAUCAUGGCAGCGCAAAAAAAAAUUAUACCGGUGAACAACUGGCACAAUUUGAUGUUGUUCUCACCACUUACAGCACGUUGUCUCAGGAGUUGCGACAAAAAGAGCUUUUCCUUCAACAAGCCCGGGAUGGCCAGCUUGUUUCUCCCCCUCCAACACCCUUUCUAGAUACCCCAUGGUACCGAGUUGUCUUGGAUGAAGCUCAUACCAUCCGUAAUCGCAAUACCCAAGCCGCUAAUGCCUGCUUCCAACUAGAUUCCAUCUACCGUUGGUGCUUGACUGGUACUCCUCUACAAAAUAAUGUCGAUGAGUUGUACAGUCUCAUCAAAUUCCUGAGGGUAAAACCUUAUUCCGUUUGGAGCAUGUUUGUCAAAGAUUUUUCCCGUCCUCUCAGGUCGUACAGGCAAGAUAUUGUGAAGGCUGCUAUGCAACGACUGCGCGCUCUUUUAAGUGCUCUUAUCCUCCGAAGAACUAAAAAUACUCACAUAAACGAUAAACGAAUUGUAGAGCUUCCUGAAAAAAGCGUCCAAGUAAUCCCUGUAUCAUUCACUCUUGAGGAACGUUGUAUUUAUGCAGAACAGAUGAACCAAGCUCAAUCUCUUCUAGCCAACUAUGUCUUAGACCGUUCUUCUUCAUAUGGAAAUGUUCUAGUCUCCUUACUUCGUCUUCGACAAUUAUGUUGUCAUCCUUGGCUUCUGAAAGUCAAGGAACCUGAAACUGCUUUGAAAGUUUGUGAUUCUGACUUUUCACGAGAAUUGUGUAAAAAACUUGAUCCUUCUGCAAUUGAAAGAAUAAGCGCUAUUGAAGACUUUAUUUGUAGUGUCUGCCUCGAUUCCACUCUUUCUCCUAUCUUUAUUAUUCCUUGCGGCCAUUAUACUUGCCAGGAGUGUAUGGGAAUGCUUCUGGGACACUCCGGCAACCAAAGUCAACUUGAUCCUAAAUGCCCAAUGUGCAGGGGCACUUUUGCAAAGGACCACUUGGUUUCGGAAAUUACAAUUCAAGCGGUGUUUGGAAGCUUGAAUUCUAUUUCCCAACUUCGGUCUCUCCAAAAACAGAAUGAGAUAGCGGAAAAACAAAAUGAAGAGCAUCGUAUAGACAAAGUGCUCGUAUGGAAUAAUCGAUACGAACAAGACUUUCUAAAAAAGUUUGGAAAGAGAUUGGGUGAAUGUACCUUUUCGUCAAAAAUGGUAAAGUUGUUGGACAUCAUUAAAAGCGUUAUGGCUAAGGGAACUCAAGAUAAAAUUCUUGUAUAUUCCCAGUUCUCUCAAUAUUUGGAUAUAGUUUCUCAUAUGCUACGUACGGAAAGUGUGAACCAUGUACGAUACGAUGGAAGCAUGUCAUCCAUCCAAAGAGACCAUUCUAUCCAAGAGUUUACUCAUGAUUUGAAUGUAAGUGUAAUGUUAAUUUCACUUAAAUGUGGUAGUAUUGGAUUGAAUCUUACCGUUGCCAAUCAUGUGAUCUUACAAGAUCCUUUCUACAAUCCCAGUCUCGAGGAUCAAGCAAUUGACCGAGUAUAUAGAAUAGGUCAACGGAAACCAGUUACUGUAUAUCGUUUAAUUACAGAAAAUACAGUUGAAGAAAAAAUUGUUGCAGUACAAGAGAAAAAGCGUGAUCUGAUCCAAAAUACAAUGGGAAACGACCGUAUACAGUCUCUAACCAGUCUGGACAAGAAAGAACUUAUGUACUUGUUUGGGCUUUAAACGCAGAUUUACAUAAUAUUAUUAUAGCAUCUAAUCUAAAUUGCAUUCGAAGAAUUUAUCCUCCCGUAAAUCCAAGAGAGACUGACUCCACCGAAACAACAAUAGACAUAAGCAAGGAACAAAUGAAAGAAACAGCAUGUUGACUUCUCAACGAUAACCUACGCAAAUGUCUACAAGACUAGUAAAAAACAUCGGUAUCGACUCAUAUAUGCAUAGUAAGAAUAGCG